ACAAGGGGAGCCGGGAGGAGCCGGGGAGGGGCUGGGGCUGCCCCCGCAGAGACCGUCCCGGCUGCGGGAUGCAGAGCGCCGCUCUCAGGGCGCUGGGCUGCGGCUCGGUGGCUCUGCUGGGAGCGCUGGCGGCGGCCGCCUUGCUCCUGGUCCUGACUCCGGCGAAGGACGCUGCCCUUCCUGCCAGGAACAAAUACGGGCUGGUGUUUGACGCCGGCUCCACGCAUACGGCUCUCUACAUCUACCGGUGGCGUGCGGACAAGGAGAACGGCACCGGCAUCGUGUCCCAGGUGGAGACGUGCACUGCAGCCGGACCCGGCAUCUCCAGCUAUGCAGAUGACCCUGCCGGGGCCGGAGCCAGCCUGAAGCCCUGCCUGGACAAGGCCAUGGAGAUCAUCCCGGCAGAGCAGCAGCAGGAGACCCCCACCUACCUGGGGGCCACAGCAGGCAUGCGGCUGCUGAGGGAGCAGAACAGCACCAAGGCCCAGCAGGUGUUUGCCGAGGUGGCCAAGACCAUUGGCGAGUACCCGGUGGAGUUCCGUGGAGCUCAGGUCCUGACGGGGAAUGAGGAGGGCUCCUUUGGCUGGAUCAGCGUCAACUUCCUGCUGGAGACACUCAUCAAGUGCUCCCUCACAGGCACAUGGAUCCAUCCGCCUGCAGAGGAUGUGGUCGGAGCUUUGGACCUUGGUGGGGCUUCAACCCAGAUCACGUUCCUUCCUGGGACCCCCAUAGAAGAGAGCAGCACAGGAGCCCUCCUCAGGCUGUACGGGGCCAACUACUCCAUCUACACCCACAGCUACCUCUGCUAUGGGGAAAAGCAAGCCCUGAAGAUGCUGGUGGCUUCCUUACACCAGGGCCACCAUGGCAGGAGGCAGUCCCAGGGGUGUCCCAACAUCCAAGAACAGGACUGUAUUGAGAUGGAGGCCAGCCCGUCCACUGCCCAGAUCUCACACCCCUGCUACCCCAGGGGGUACCAGGAGAACAUCACCACGGCAGAGCUCUACGACAGCCCCUGUGUGCGCGCCCCGAGCAGCCCCAGCGCCGUGCAGCUCCUCAGGGUGAUGGGGACAGGGGAGCCAGCAGCGUGCAGCGCCGCCAUCCAGCAGCUCUUCAACCUCAGCUGCGGGGCCAACAGCACGUGCGGGUUCAACGGGGUCUAUCAGCCACCCGUGCGGGGACAGUUCUUCGCCUUCUCAGGGCUUUACCACAGCCUUCACCUCCUGAACCUGACAGGAGGGCAGCCCCUGAGCUUGGUCAAUGCCACCAUCGGGCAGUUCUGCACCAGCACCUGGGAGAAGGUGCAGCAGGAGUUCCCCACCGUGAGCAGGAUCCAGCUCCGUGAUGCUUGUGCAGCCAGCACCUAUGCCCUCACCCUGCUCCUGCAGGGCUUCAGAUUCAACCACACGACAUGGCUGAACAUCCGCUUUGCCCGGCAGGUCACUGGUGUAGACGUGGGCUGGACUCUGGGCUACAUGCUCAACCUCACCAAUAUGAUUCCCUCAGAGAUUCCCCAGAGCGUCGUUGGGCUCCAGAGAAGCAAUUGGAUAGCAGCCACGGUUCUACUGGCCACCAUGCUCAUCCUCACCUUCUGCUUGCUCACACUCACGUGCUGCCGGAAGAGCUCCUCUGCUUAUGUCAGUCUCUAGCAGCACUGGCCCCAGGGGUAGCCCAAGCACUUGGUCCUGCUGCUGCACUUGUGUGAGGAGCUGCAGACCAGGGAAUGCCCCCUGUGUCCAGGGGCUGUGAACUGGUAACGUGGGUACCUGCGUCCUGCCUGGUGAGCUGGAAGUGGCACAAGCUUUAAAAUC